GCUCCGCCAUUCUUAAUUAGAGCAAAGAAGAAUUAAUCAGUUUUAGGAAUGUACGAGAAGACAGCGUAAUUGACGAAAACAAAAGAAACCAAAAAUGUCACAACAGAGGAGGAUCUUUUCUUUAUUAAUACCAUAUUUCUGGCAGAUUACAGUGGGUUUGCUGAUCUUCAUUGUCCAGUGCACAACAGGAUGUCAGUUUUAUCCCGUCGGAGAAUACCUGAAAUUUGUAAGAGUGCCAGAAAAUUUAGAGAUAAGAACAGAAAUUCUUUCACUAGAAGUUCAUCCAAGAAAUCGGCUUGUCAUUAUACCAGUCGACAAGGAAGAGGAUGCUGGUUUCUUCACUUACAAAGAGACAAAUACGACGCACAUUUCUAUAAUUUUAGCGCAAUCUCUGGAAGAUCUAGUGGACACAGAAACUCCAAGAAACUUAUUGAAGUUUCGAAUUAGUUGUGACUCGGAUGCUAGUGAUUCAGUGGUAAGUUGCCCAGUUAUAAUCAAUAACAUUGAAGAACACAAACACUUUUUUCUUAUUAAAAACAGGUUUAAAUUAUAUAUAUAG